UCUAGGAGAUGGUCUGCAGGUUAUUCAGAGAGAUGUCGAUGAGUGAUACCCAACCUGGGGUUCAGGGACCCUCGAAUGGGCCACAAGAUGAAUCUAGGAAAGAAGAAAGAGUGAGAAAGAGUGAGAGAGCGACUGAACUACAUUAAUUAGGAGACGAGAGACAUGAGCUCUGCUCUGCGAGUGAUUGAUUGACUGAUCACAUCAUACGUUUGCCUCACAGUGAUUAAUCAGAGCGGCAUGAAAAUCAAACGUUGCUGGGGAAGGCAGAGACUAACAACCCCAAUCAGUCCCAAUCAGGUGUUGAUUGGUCGGUUUGAUAAUCACCAGUUGAAGUGAGUUAGAACCGAGUGGAAGCUGCUUCAUGUUGAGGGAUGGCACGUGGAUUAGACAGAAGGAAAUGGGGCUGGUUUUUAAAUCAUCGUGGUGUUUACAGGGAAACAAGUCCUUCGUGUGUGUGUGUGUGUCACAAAUACAUAUUUACUGUCACACUUCCUCUUUUACCGUCAAUAUUCAGUUACAGUGCUGUCGCUCUGCAGCUCUGCGUUUUUUCUCUCCCCCCUCAUUUUCAAAUCGCGUUUAAUUCACCAGCCUCGUUCUCCCGCUCGUGUCAUUCCAGUUGUUCUACUCCGUCGGACUCUGAUUGGUCAUCCUGACGGCGUUUUGUUUUUCGCUGUGGUAUGCAAAUGCGCGCGGCCGGCAGACAGUAUGCAUUGGUAGAUAUUGCAAAACGCAGAAGACAGAGUAACAGGUUUUUCACUCUGCUUCUGAAUGAUGCUGAAAAUGAGCGUUGUGUGUUGAAAUCUACAACUUGUUUGUUUUGGUUUAAUUCGCUUCGGCCUCUGCUCCGAGAGAUCAGCUGCUUCUUGUGUUGAUUGAGUUAAAGUUUCUGGAGGUUCGUAUUCAUUUCUUCCUGCCCUUUUCAGCCACAGUGACCACCGCCGCUCAUGCAAACCGCCCACUUCUUCUUUUGUUUAUUCUGAAGAAACUGGAGAUGCAAAGUGCAUCAUUUCCUGUCUGCCAGAUGACUUUUCCAAGGAAAUUCUAACUUGAGAAGGGCGUCGAGGAAAGAGAGGGAUGCACUGAGGAAGAACUGAAAAAAACCUCAGGUCUGAAGUUAACACUCGCCGGGGGAAGUGGAGGAUGCAGUCUCGCACUCAAGAUCAGCCAUUGGCCCUCGCCACGGUCAAGACGUACAACUCAACCAAUGGGAAAGAAGAGGAGGUGAACACAGAUGCGGAGUCCAUGGAGGAGGAGGCGGAGUUUAACUGGGAGGAGUACAUGGAGGAGACGGGGGCAAACGCCGCCCCUCACACCACCUUCAAACACGUGGAGAUCAGCCUGCAGAGCAGCUUCCAGCCCGGUAUGAAGCUGGAAGUGGCCAAUAAGAGCAGCCCGGACACGUACUGGGUGGCCACCAUCAUCACCACGUGCGGCCAGCUGCUGCUGCUGCGCUUCAGCGGCUACGGCGAGGACCGCAAGGCCGACUUCUGGUGCGACGUCAUGACGGCCGAGCUGCACCCGGUGGGCUGGUGCGCCCAGAACGACAAGGCCCUCAUGCCCCCUGAAGAUAACGUUUACCUAAGAAAAGCCAUCAAGGAGAAAUACAGCGACUGGACAGAGUUCCUCGUACAGGACCUGACUGGCUCCAGGACGGCGCCGGCCAACCUGCUGGAGGGGCCUCUCCGAGGUAAGAACACAGUCGACCUGAUCGUCGAGGGCUCCGUCUUGGAGCUUCAGGACGUCUCCGACCCUUUCCUGUACUGGCCUGUCCGAGUCAUCCAGAACGUCGGAGGGAGGCUUCGCCUGCGCUACGCCGGCCUCUCUGAAGACCUCCAGGCUCAGGACACCUGGCUGUUCUACCUGGACGUCAGGCUCCGGCCCCUCGGCUGGGCCCCGGAGAACCGUCUCACCUUGGAACCGCCCACAGAGCUUCGGUCCGUGAAGAGCGCUGCCGACUGGCAGCAGGCGCUGGAGGACGCUCGGCUGGACGGACAGAAGAGCCCGCUGCCGCUCGAGGUGUUCAAGGACCACGUAGACCUGCCCAGGCACUCCUUCAUGAUGGGGAUGAAGCUGGAGAUGGUUUCUCCGUGGGAGCAGCUCAAGAUCUGCCCCGUUUCUGUCACCAAGGUCUACAACGAGAUCUACUUCCAGGUCACGCUGGACGACCUCUCCGUCGAUGCCAAGCCACGGUUUGUGGUGUGUCACGCCAACUCGCCUGAUAUCCUGCCCGUCCAGUGGUGCCUGAAGAACGGCGUGGGCCUGGAGAGGCCCCGAGGAUACGAGGGCCAGGACUUCGACUGGGCCGACUACCUGAAGCAGAGCGGGACCGAAGCAGUUCCCGACGCCUGCUUCCCCGACGCAUGGCAGAGCAGAGGCUUUGCCAAGGACAUGUGGCUGGAGGCGGUGAACCCUCACCGGCCGGUGGAGGUGUGUGUGGCUCAGAUCACACAGGUCAGAGGACGCCUGCUGUGGCUCCGACUGGAAGGUGUGGCGAAGCCCCUGUCAGAGCGUAUCGUGGACGUCGACUCCAUGGACAUCUUCCCUGUUGGCUGGUGCGAGGCCAACGCUUACCCUCUGACCCCUCCGCUCAAACCUGUCUGCCAGAAGCAGAAGAAGAUAGCGGUGGUGCAGCCAGAGAAACAGUUGGCGCCGUCCCAGCCGCUGGAGAUGACUCCCGUCAACCACUGCCAGCCCGUCGCCAUGGAUCCAGGCUCCGCCAACGGCCGAUACUGCUGCUCCAAGAUCUUUGUCAACCACCGCUGUUUCUCAGGACCCUACCUCAACAAAGGACGCAUCGCGGAGCUGCCGCAGGCCGUCGGACCCGGAAAAUGCACGCUGGUCCUCAAAGAGCUGCUGAGCAUGUUGAUCAACGCCGCCUACAAGCCCGGACGAGUCCUGAAGGAGCUGCAGGAGCUGGAGGAUCAGAGCUGGGACUGCCAAGAGGAGACCCUCAAAGCCAAAUAUAAAGGGAAAACCUAUCGCUCCACCAUCAGGAUAGUCCGCCUCGCCGACCAGAUCCCGGACUUCUGCCGCAAGGUGUGUGUGAAGCUGCAGUGCUGCCCGAACCUCUUCAGCCCCGUCCUCGUCACCGACAAGUGCCCGGAGAACUGCUUCGUUCAGACCAAAACCAAAUACACUUAUUACUAUGGGAAGAAGAGGAAGCUGUCCAAGCCGAUGGGAGGAGAGGAGGCGGCGGAGGGGGAGCUGGCCAAGCCGACGCGCCGCAGGAAGAAGAGGAAAGCUAUCUUUGUGCAGAAGAAGAGACGCUCGUCCGCUGUGGACUACACUCCUGCUGGCUCACCGCAGGACAGCGACGAGGGAGAGGAGGACGAGGACGCGGCGCUGCAGUCGGGCAGCGAGGGCAACAGCUCGGAGCCCCGCGACGACCACACCGACGCCUCCUCGGUGGAGGUGACCAGCAGCCGCCCUCGCCGGGCCGCGACGCUGCGCAGGGCCGUCAGCAUGGGAAACGCCACGGGGUCCGGCCAGGAGGCCUCCGAGGGCCGCAGGAGGUCGACCCGCUCGCUGUCGGCCUACAACCAGAGCGACAGCAAGUACCAGCCGCCCAAAGGACAAGACGUGCAGGUGGAGGAGGAGGAGGGUCAGCUGGUUUUGGACAGAAACCCUCUCGAGUGGACGGUAGACGAAGUGGUUCAGUUCAUCAACUCGACUGACUGUGCGUCGCUGGCAAACAUCUUCCAGGAGCAGGACAUCGACGGUCAGGCGCUGCUGCUGCUGACUCUGCCCACAGUCCAGGAGUGUAUGGACCUGAAGCUCGGCCCCGCCAUCAAACUGUGUCACCAGAUCGAGCGCGUCAAAGUCGCCUUCUACAGACAGUACGCCAACUGAGCGCCACUGAACGUCUGCGCUCAGCUGACAGGAGACAAGUUGUGUUUGUGCACGACGUGGACAAAUGUGUGUUGGAUUAGCUUCCCUCCUCCUGGUGGAAAACUUGUGGAGUUUGUGUGGAUUUCCAACUUUGCGAGAAGAAGGAAUUUUUUUGUUUUUGUUUUUGGGAACAUGAAUUUACUGGAGGACGUUUUCUGACGAGGAGCUGAAGGAUUCAUUUCUGGGGCGCUGUCGGUGUGAGAACGUGACGCAGAACCCACAUAAACUUCAAACCAAACACAUGGGAAUGGAUCCGUGUGCUUUUCCUGAUCUGUGAAGAAGUCAUUUUGAGAAGCUGCAGACUCUGUUUCUGAAGACUUUUAUGUUUAUUUCUUACUUUUCAUUCCCAUUUUAUUUGUGAUAGAGGAGCAUUAUAGCAUUUAAGUUAAAAUAAUAAUGAAUCAUAAAGACUUUUCCCCUUUUUGUGUGACACAAAAACACAAUAUAUAUUUGAAAAGUAUUUAACAACCCAAGAAGUAAUAUAUUUGGAAUAUUUAUUGUAAUCCUUAUUUAUAAGGACGAAUCUGUCUAUUUGGAUGCAGAGAAAAUAAUGAUAAUGAUAUACACGUUAUUUCACAAACACAAACCACUAUCUGUGUUUGUUUCGAUUCACAUCUCAGUUUCUGUUAAAAAAAGAAAAGAAAGGUGUCCCAUGUCACCACCCUCCAAAAUACUCCAAACCCAGUGCUUCUUCUCACUGUUACAAUCACAUGAAACAAUCAUGAAAGCUAUUUUGUGUCCAUCUAUGCAAAGGUGUCGCAGAUAUUUUUGAUAAGUAAGAAAAUAAAUUUCUAUUGAUUUUUA